AUGGUACAAAGAGGAACGCGCAUAGGGCCGCUGCCUGGGGGUCGCCGGGGCGCGUCUGGAGCUGGCGCUGGACGCGGCAGCAUGCGGGCCGCCAGCCGAGCGCGAGGAGCUGUACGAUCACCUAGCAGCCCUCCGCAUCCAUCAUCCCCACCAGAAGGCUUGGUGUCGGCUGGGUCUUCUCGGACUCAGCAAGCGGCACCCGCCGCUGGUGGAGCACGUCGCAUGCGUUGGUCACAAACAAUGAACGCAAACGCACUGCGGGCGUACUUUAGGGCAAAAGGGGAAGAAACCGGAUGUUUGGCAUAUCGGGCUCGGAUGCAUCGCUUUUUUGCAGAGCUGGAGCCAUCUCUAUCCGUCACUGAGCAAAACCUGGCAGACCGAGUUCGGUACAUCCUGCGCUCCAACAUAUUUGGUGACGCCGAACUCGAACGACUACGACGUGAGGCUGUUCCCUCAUCGGAUGGAAAUGCUACGGCUGGGAAUGCGGCGCCACUAAUUGCGCAGCAAACUGCAAAUGUGGACGCUGCCGUCAAUAUUCCAUUUGUAGUUGAUUCAGACGAUGAUGGAAUAGUCCCCCACGAACUAGAGAAAAUGAGGAGCAUAUUGGAAGAGUCGAUGCUGGAAACGCGCAGCCUGCCUCUCGAAAAUCGACCGCGACUUCCCCCGCAUACCCCUUAG